AUGAGUUCGAGAAUUGUUUUUCUCCUGUUGGUGUCGCUGCAAUUUUCCGGCCGCCUACAAUGUGAAGGUACUAUUCGAGCCAAAUUCGCGAACUACGAGACAAAGUUCAUCAACGAUUUCAUUAACUACACUCGUCCGGCCGGAGAUAUCAUGGAACCGAUCUACUACGAUUACGAUUCCGGCAGUAAGCCGGGCCCGAACGGGUACGGACAGAACUACGAGACAGGCAUGACGCUCGGUGGGUUGCCGAUACCAGAAGAGGGCGCCCACGGCCGAGCGCAACCGGUGGGCGGUGAAGUGGCGACACGACCACCGGACAUCUUUCCGGAUCCGGACAAGAUCUACGCUUCCUUCAUCAACAAGAGUACCAUGAAGCGUAACCGGUACCCGGGCGAGGAAAAUGUGAUAAAAGUUUAUUCCUCGAAAUCGUUGCGCAAACCUCCCCAGGCACACACCACCGCGGCCGAGGACGAGAGCUCGUUCGACAAUCUGAACAACGACAUGAAGGGGCACGACUUUAUCGACAAUAUUAUGUACAUCUACUACGGCACUAAUGGGAACCUGCGCAAGGAUCUGGGCGGCAACGUGAUUGUGAUCGGUGCCGUCUUUGCGCUGGCCCCGCAAAUACUGACUACGAUGAUACUGUUCCUGAAGAACCGACGCCUGCGGCACUUUAAUGCGUUCUAUCCGAUCUGUCUGAAUCUGCUGCUGACGCUGAUUGCCGCCAAUUUGUCGUUCAUUUUGGGUGUCCAGGCCACCCGGAACGUGAUCAAAUGCGAGCUGAUCGCGCUAUUGCUGCACUAUCUGCACCUGAGCACCAGCAUCUGGUGUUUGAUCUACAUCUACGUGAUCUACGAUCUGAUCGCGAACGAGUGCGCCCCGAAGCUGAAGUAUCACUACCUGAUGGGAUACGGUGUUCCGGCGGUGUACGUGCUGUUCUCCUACGCCUCAUCAAUUGAUCGGUUUGAGGUGCAUCGCUACUGCUGGAUGUCCAUUCAAAAGGGUAUGAUUGUGAGCUUUAUGAUACCUAUUUCGUUCCUCAUCAUACUAACCACCGUGCUGGGAACGCUCAGCUUGAAAAGGAUUUCGACCAAACAGACGGAGCUGCUGUGUGAGAGCAUCGAAAGCAUAAUCGAGACGACGUCCAAGUGUAAUGACAUCAUCUAUCCCCGGCUGCCAUCCUUGGCCGGCAUGAAUAUGGCUAUGGUAUGCCGCAGCAAUAGCUAUCCGCAGCUGGAACAGGUAAAGGAUCGGAAUUCUUGCUGUCAGGAGUAUGCGGAGUGCGCCAACCGACACUCGAUCGUAACACUGCCUCAGCAAACUACGAUCGGUGUAGCAGCUGGAGGAUGUGCCUCGGGAGUAAUGGCAACGACCACCGCCAACCAGUACGCUAUGAACGCCAUGAAGCGGUCCUUCGAUUGUUACGACACACGGAUUGACCUAGGCCAGUUGUCUUUGGCCGAGCUGACCACACCGAGCAUGGCAUCGGAUGUACAGGAUUUCACGGAGUUCAAAAAAGCGAUCAAGUUCGGGCUGUUUUUCCAGCCGAUCUUCUCCAUCUGCUGGUUCCUCGAGGUUAUUGCUCUGGAGAAUGUCCACUCGUGCGUGAUGCCGGUUAUAUUUGCAAUCACCUUUAACAUACUGAAUUGGUGCAUGUUGGUUCGUUCAUCGAACGUUUGUCCGUACGUCAGCUCUACGAUUGAGAAAACGUUCGAAAGCCAGCCUGGUUCGUGCGGCGAUUCAGUAAACGGCCCCACCGGAACGGCUGGAGAACAUGACGCUACCCAGGCAAGCAUCUGCACCGAUACUAUCCCUCUACUGUGUGCUUCCAAUGGGUCUGCAAUGAACACAAAUUCAACCGCUUGCCCUUCGGUGAAAGGGUCCGGCGCGACUAUUGCCACCGUGCCGCGCAAAUUUUCCACCGCUUCCGAGCACGACCAACAGCAGCCACUGUUCUACAGCAACUUUAUCGGUGGCAACAAUGUGCCCAUCUCUUGGGAAUCAAGCAUCGAUCUCGGGGCGUAUCAUCUGCACGAAACGAAAAAUGUGGACUGCAUCAGUACGAUCAGCAACUAA